AUGUGCGCGAACCUUCAAACUACAUAUACUUCAAAUCAACGUAUUAUUAGCGAAACCUCAAAUCAUCAUAUUUCUAAUGACACUUCAACUCAACAUAUACCUAAUGAAACUUCAAGUCAACAUAUCCAUAAUGAAACUUCAAGACAACAUAUUCUUAAUGAAACAUUAAGUCAACAUGUUCCUAAUGAAGUUUCAAGUCAACAUAUUUCUAAUGAAACUUCAAGUCAACAUGUUUCUAAUGAAAUUUUAAAUCAACAUAUCCAUAAUGAAACUUCAAGUCAACAUGUUUCUAAUGAAACUUUAAGUCAACAUAUCCAUAAUGAAACUUCAAGUCAACAUGUUUCUAAUGAAACUUUAAGUCUACAUAUCCAUAAUGAAACUUUAAGCCAACAUAUUCCGAGUGAAACUUACCCAUAA